UCCUGCCCCUUUUGCUGUCAGUCAGCAUUGUUCUGGGUGCCAAUGUCAAUUCACCUCUAGUAAAGCGUGCCGAAUGUGGACCUGGAGUCGGUUCUUGCCCGGCCGGGAAGUGUUGCUCAGAGGCAGGUUGGUGUGGUAACAGUGCAGCUCACUGCGCAGGUUCUACCUGUCAACUCGACUACAGUGACAGCUGUGAUACUUUGUAGGAGAUAUCCUAUGCUACUUCAACUCUCACGCACCAAUUGAUUGACUCAACGUUUCGUCAGCUUUCCACCCCCUGGAACAAGCACAGAGAGUGUUUCACGCCCCCGGAUUGGGACAGUCCCUUACGGUAUAUACCCAUUCUUCACUGAUCAGGAGACGAGACCCCAAUUCUCAUUGAAUCUUCUUUCUAGGCAAUACUAUAACGGAAUGCACAAAUCCGGGCCUCAUGGCUCUCACCUUCGACGAUGGCCCCUUUUCCUACACAUCGCAAAUUCUCGAUAUUCUCGACAAUCUCAACGUGCAAGCGACAUUUUUCGUCGCUGGUAAUAACAAGGGCAAGAAAAGGAUUGACGAUACCAAUACGGCUUGGCCUGCAGUUCUGAGACGCAUGCAUGCUGCCGGCCAUCAGAUCGCAAGUCAUUCUUGGUCUCAUCGCAACCUCAACCAAGUGAACAGCACAAUUCAGCGUACUGAGAUCAUCUACAACGAAAUGGCCUUCCGUAACUUGUUUGGCUGGUUUCCCACGUACUUUCGCGCUCCAUUCCUUGAGUGCUCUACGACUUCAGGCUGCCAAAGCCUCAUGAAGACCCUUGGAUACCAUUUACUUGGCGUCAAUGUUGAUACCAAGGACUACAUGUACGACAGCCCAAGCCUGAUACAAACGGCGAAAGACCGCUUUUCCCAGGCAGUGUCUCAAGAUCCUACGAGAAAGGGCUACAUCGUUCUUGCCCACGACGUACACGUCCAGACCGUCGUCAAUCUGACACAGUACAUGAUCGAGACGUCAAAAGCACGCGGAUAUCGCCUGGUUACCGUAGGAGAGUGCCUUGGGGAUCCCAGAGUGAAUUGGUAUCGACCCGUUAACCCGAGCCCAACCACGACAAGGACAAGCGCCACAACUGUCUCAUCACGAACGUCCGCCACUGCCAUACCAACGUCGAACUCUGGUCUUAAGAUAUCACCUGACCAGACAUGCGGUGGUGGCGCCGCCGGCUUCACCUGCCAGGGCUCCAAGUAUGGAAAUUGUUGCUCUUUCUACGGCUUCUGCGGCUCCAGUCCAUCCUACUGCGGCACGGGAUGUGACACCGGCUACGGAACAUGCACGCAGUUGCCAGCAGGUCUCAGUGAUACGACCAACGGGCUGUGUGGAACACGAUUCAACGCCUCAUGUAAAAAGUAUGGUAACAAGAACUGCUGCUCGCAGUCUGGCUUCUGCGGGAGCUCAGCAGCGCAUUGUGGCGCGGGGUGUCAGAAGGUUUUCGGUAUUUGCGGUUGA